AUGUUUGGGCUUGUGAUCGCCGCUUUCCCUGCUUUCUCUGAAGGAGACAUCACUUCACUGCUGAAGUGGGAUGACAAUGGCAGGACUGGCAACAGUUAUGGGACUGGAAACUCUCACGAAGACGCUUGGCAGAAGCAAAUAUUGAGUGAAGUGGAAGGCACCUAUAAUGUCCAAGAGGGUCAUUAUAUCAAGAGUGUAAUUAAGUUCAACACACAGACGUCACUAGGGGAAGACAGCGAGGUGGACGAGCGCAGUACAAUUAUCCUAAGCGUAGUCGCUAGCAAUAGCUCUUAUGGUGGCGAAAAUACGUUUGCGGAUUUCUUCAACACCACUCUCACCGGUUUCGAGUAUGUCUAUCCUCAGCUGUCAUUGGGCCUGCUGUUCACAGAGGAAGACGAAUACUACCACGUGCGCUCGUUCCUCAGAGACUACUUCAACGACGAGGAUAUUGCAAGCGACCAAAAAUUCAGCAAGGUUACGCUGUUGUGUGCUCCUUUCUUGAAGGGUAAUAUCAACAGAGCAGACAGACACUCAAAUGCAGUCCAAAAAUAUAGGAGAAUUUUGAUUGCUAAGUCGAGGAACUUCCUCAUCAACAACGCGCUAGAAAAUGAAAGAUACACGCUCUCUAUUGAUUCGGAUAUGGUCCAAGUCAAUCCGUUAACUCUUGAUUAUUUUGUCGACAGCGGGAAGGACAUCAUAGUGCCCAGGAUAGUCACAAAGGCGAAGGGAGACUACGAUUAUAACUCCUGGCAAGGAGAGCGUGCACAGCCUUCGCCAGAAGAAUAUGAGAGGAUCAGAAAUGCCCAGGAAAAGUCCAUUGCGGAAAAUACCCCAGAAGAAUACAUUUACGUACCUCACGACAAGAAUAUGAAGCACUUGUCAAAGCUGUGGGAUGAGCUUAGAGAAGCCGACCCAAACACUCCGGAGAAUGCGGCGGUUGAGAUCGACUCUGUAGGAGGUGCUAUUUUAUUUGUCAAAUCCGAAGUGUUCAAAUACGGUGUUCAGUUCCCUACAUAUCACGUCAUUGGCGCGGAUUGGGAUUUACCUCUAGGAGGAUACGAUGGUAUCGAAACAGAGGGGUUGUGCUACGGAUCUAAGAUGCUAGGUUUUAAAUGCUGGGCAAUGCCUGCCCUGACUGCGACGCAUACUUCUGGUUGA